CCGACACAGCCGGGUCAAGAUGGAGAACGACUACGACCCGAGCAUGAACGACGGCAAUGGUGCGCCCGAGCAGGAGCCUUCGUCGUACUCGUGGAAACGAUCCGACGGUACUGUCCGUGCACAAACGAACGAAGAUGCCGACGAAGCAAACGACGUCGAGGAAGUUGCAAGCAACGCAGACGUUCCGAUCGUGUCGAUGGUCGAUGAACUCCCGCUGUUCGCUGACGAAGCGAACAAAAAACUUCAUGCGCAAAUCCGAGCGAACGAGAAACGGAUGCACAUUGUGAAGCAGGAAAUCGCCGAGGCUGUCGGGCGAUACACCAUCAUGGACGAGCAUUUGAAGAAUGUCAAGCAGGAGCUGACCAACACGCAAUCGUUGCAAAACUCCAAGUUGAAGGAGAUUUCAACGGAAGAGCAUCUUCGCCAAGUGAGCGACCGAGAAGCGGGUCGCGUCAAGCAAGAGCUGAAGAGGCUCGAGGUCGAGUACAACGAAGUCGAGAACAAGUUGAAUGCGAUUCAGAAUUUCCUCUUUAAAGGAAACGAAGACAUGGAUAACUUCAAGAUGCAAAUGAACUGGAACCAAGACGAGAUGGAGCAGUGGGCCAUGGCGGCCAAGCAGAAGGAAGACGACAACUUGGCGCUGGAAAAGUACACACGAGCCGACGACUCGCGCAUCAAGGAGCUGACGUUGGAAAUUGAAAAGUUGACCAAGACGCUGCAAACCCAAAAGCAGUUGGUUGAAAACGAAGCUACAGAGACCCAAGCCAAGCAGAUCGAACUCGACAAGACUGCCGAGGAGUUCCGGUCGAUGCAUGAAGAGCGCCAGAAGCUUGUCCAGCAAUGGCAAAGCACGAUCGAUACCAUGAAGCGCCGCGACACCGAGAUCGCUGCGGCCGGUGAAACUUUUGCUGCCAAGAAGUUAGGCCUGGACGAAAAGAAGAAUGACUUGAGCGAGCACAAGCACCGACUCAAGCUGCAGGAACAGGACAACAAUGAACUGCAGCUGAAAAUCGCAGCCAAGGAACGGCUACAAUCCAAGCUACGCGCCGACCUGAUGGCAGCCAACUCGCGACUGCAGGAAUUCCGCGAUCAAGUCGAGCUGCUCAAGAACCAACUCACGAGUGCCGUGACACAGCUCAACCAGCAGCGAUCGUACAAUGCCAACAAGAGCUCCAACUUGGAAUCAAUGAAAGAAGAUUUGGACGUGAAUCGGAACCGGUACAAAACGACCAAGAAGAUCUUGGAUUCCUGCAUGACCUCGACCGAGGACGCUGAAACACUGGCGAAGAAUGCGGAGGCAGACCUGGACGCGAUGGAACGAGAGUCGAAGCGCUUUGACAAAGAAAUCGCGCUCCUCAAGGACCAGAUGUUCCGGAGAAGUCAGGCGCUCUUCACGCUGCGCCAAAGCGAAGCUGGGCUAAUUGCGGAAAUCUCGGGCGGACAAGCGGCGAACCGCAACUUGCUGGCCAAAAUCAAGUUGUUGGACCAGUCAGCACUACGUCAACAAGAACUGGUGUACAAUGGCGAGUUUCAGAUCCAGCAAAUGGAGCGCAAGGUGUCACGGGCGUCUGGAGAACGGUCUGCCGACGAAACGAAGGCCCUGAAAGCAGAAAUUGAUGCGCUGCAGGUCGAAUUUGACGAAGCGCUCGCACAGUACACAAUGCUUCAAACGCAGUGCAAGAAGCUGAGUGACGAACGUACUGCUCAAGAGCGAACGAAGAAGGCGUUGUUGAAGACGCGUGAAGAAAUCACAGCCAAAAUCGCCAAACACGAACUUGAAAACGAAAGCGCAACCAACUCGUUGCGCGCCAUAUUGCGCGAGAAGGAAGAGCUGCUUGUGCAGGCAGAUCUGCAAAAGCUCGAGGUGAAGCGCCUGAAGGACUUGCUGAACUCUCGCGCAGACGAAGUGUUUUCCCUCGAAAACCGCGAGUUCCAGCUCAAGAAGAGCAUGGAUGAACGGAAGAAGGAGAUUUCUGUCCAUCGCGAAGUCCAGCGCGCUCAGGUGAAAGCCGCGGAAGAAGAACGGCAUAAGAUCUCGGUCGAGUACGGCGAGCGGGAAAUGCGAGUCAAGAAACUGCAGGCAAAAUUCGAAACGCUGUGCAAAACAAGUCCGUUCGGAAGCGCCGAUGAAGACGGCCAGGAGCGAAGUCAGGCGUAUUUUGUCAUCAAAGCUGCACAGCGACGGGAAGAACUGCAGCGCGAAGGCGACGAGCUCGACGACAAGAUUCGUGUGGCUGAAAAAGAAGUGCGCGCGCUGACCAAGACACUGCAGCACUUGGAAGGGCGCAACACAGAGUAUCGUAAGAGUUUCCAUCGUGCGGACAUGGUCGGCGAAGAAGCCGCCAAGAUGAACCAGCUGGAAGACCAAGUCAAGGCGGCGGAAGACACGUUGUUCAAACGGAAGAAGGAAAUGCAGCGCCUGCAGAUGGAAAUCGAGUCCGAGCACAAUCGGAUUCAAGAGAUGGAGAUUCAACACCGCCAUUUCAAGGAACACAACGAAAAUCUGACAGCGGCGCACACACAGGUGAUGAAAGAGCUUGACUUGGAAAAGGAAAAGGUCAACAAAGUGACCAAGCGCAUGGACAAACUCGUGCGAGAUUACCGAUCCAAGCGAGAUGUUGCGUCGGUCACGAUCGAAGAAGUUGCCCUGGACGCUCACACGGCGAAAGAAAUCAACAAUGGGUUGUUGUACACGCUCGGACAACUCGCGCACGAAUUCCCAGAGCUCAGCGAUGUGCUGCAGACAAGUGUCAAAGCGCUCAACUUGCACAUUCCUGCCCUCCCUCCUGGUUCGACAUCAACUCGGUCUGGUAGUACCAAGAGCAGCGGGGCGACGGAUUCGCGCCCAACGUCUGCUCGCAGCGAUCGCAGCGACAUAUCCGCGAAGAGCACUGGAAGCAGUGGUCGAGGAGCGCAUGUACGACGUGCAGCCCCCAUGAGUAAAGUCCAAAUGAGUCUGUAAUUCGUAUACGACUCACUGCAUUGAAUACAACAAAAUCCGUGAUGAUUGUGAUGUCACUGAGGCUUCAGGUAUGGAUCGACGUCGCAUGCGCUACCCCAAUCGACCGCGCGGCAUGAUGGUCGACCACAGUGGAGCAUGACCUUGAACCCCAUCAACAUGUCCCGCGCGUUCAGACUGGGCAUGACAUGUCGAGAAUCUCGAAGUAUGCACCCAACUGCAGUGACCUCGACGAGAAGCGACUUGUUUCGCCACAGGUGCUUGAGGGCGAUCGAAAGUGCUGAUGUGUCGUCGGGUUGUUGUGCGACGGUUGCUUUGGCCAGCACUGGAGGUGUCCAACUUCA